AGUAGUUUCACAUGUAGGUCGGUUCAGCUGUCCUGGUACAGAAGCUGCGGGUGCUACUCUGGUGUUUACGUCCACAUUUGACAGAGAUUAUGGCACUAAUGGGGAUUCAACUGGUGGUCAGCUUGCUGGCCGCCAGCGUCAUGCAGAGAAUGGCCCCACACUGCUCAUUUGCACGAUGGCUCGUCUGCAACGGCAGUUUGUUCCGAUUCAAACACCCGUCAGAGGGAGAGUUGUUCGCGUUGGCAGGAAAACAGAUGCCCAAACAGAACAGAAGAGACAGGAGACAGAAUGGAGAGAACAAGCCUCUCACGGUGCCCAAAGACAUUGAUCUUCACCUGGAGAAAGCGCCAGUCAACGUGAUGGAUGCGCUUGUCCUGCAGUUUUUCCUGGAGUACCAGUGGCUUGUGGAUUUUGCGGUCUAUGCCAUGGGCGUCUUCCUGUUUACUGAGUGUUAUUAUAGUGUGGCAGACGCCAGUAAAGAAGUCAACAUCGGAGCCUUCUGGUGUGUCCUAACGGUUGUGUUUGGACUAAAGGCCCUUCACACCCUGAUGAGUCACUACUUUCGCUCGGAGGAGGGCGGCGAGCGCUCCGUGUGCCUUGCCUUCGGCUUCCUGUCUCUGCUGGUGGCGAUGCUGGUUCUGGUGGUCCGAGAGAACUACCUGGAGUUCGGCCUGGAGCCCGGCUUUUCCAGCCUGUUCGACAACUUGGAGACGUUCGCGAAGCAUCAGGGUUACGCUGAUUGGUCGAUCCCGGUGACGAAGCUGACUGUGAAGCUGGGCCUGGCUGCUGUCUGCGCUUACAUCGGGUCCCUCCUGGCCUUCCCUGGACUCAGGCUGGCUCAGACUCAUCUAGAUGCUGUACAGAUGAACUCUGACCGCCCUCUCAUUCAGAUUCUGCUGCACAUGAGUUUCUUAUCUCCCGUCGUCGUGUUGGUUUUGUGGGUAAAACCCAUCGCUAGAGACUUUUUGGCCAAUGCGCCUAUGGGAAAGACUUCUGUCACCCUGGUGAGCAGCGCGGCAUUCGACAGCAUGCGCCUGUGGAUCAUCGUGGCCCUGUGCGCGCUGCGUCUGGCGCUGACCCGGUACCACCUGCAGGCCUACCUCAACCUGGCUCAGAAGUGGGUGGAGCAGAUGAAGAAGGAGGCGGGACGAAUCGCUGCCAUCGAUAUCCAGCGGAAGGUCACGCGUGUGUUUUGCUACCUAACGGUGGUGACACUUCAGUAUUUGGUUCCUAUUCUGCUCAUCCUCUUCUCCACGUUGGCACUCAAGGUGCUGGGGAACUUCUCCUGGGGUUUCGAUGUCGAGGAGACACCGGGUGUGACGCCAGCGCUGGUGCUCCCCACAGCAGCACCUGUGCCGUCUGGCGGCCUGGACGAGGACGAGGACGGGAUGGAAGACAUGGAGGAGGACAUCCAGGCUACAGUGGCACGCCUGUCAGAGGCGUUCGCCGCGCUGCGCUCCGUCCUCACUCCUCUCUUCCUCCGCGGUCUCUUCGCCUUCCUCACUUGGUGGGUCGCCGCCUGCCAAGUGAUCAGCUCUCUGUUUGGCAUCUACUUCCACCAGUAUCUGAUGCAGAACUGAGGAAACGGGAGCGCCGGAUGCACGCAAGUCACUUCUAACUCGCUGUACAAGACGCUGCUGGAAGGGUGGUGGACACAAGGACAGUAGUGGAUGACCACAGACUGAGACUGAGUUUGGUUGGAAGAGGUAAACCAGCAGACCUCAGGCAUCAGAGAUACAAAUAUAAAGAACCGUGACUUGUUUCACAAAGCAAGCUCAGCUUGUAUCAAUUUGUACGACUUCACUUGGUCACAUCAUGGAAGCAGUAUUUUUAGCAAAGGAGGAAUAACUGAGAAUAGAUCUAUGUUUCCUUUUCAGUUCAGAUCUAACUUAACUGUAUAACUUUAAAGGUAUUCAAACCUAUUAUUUUAAUUCUCUCUCUAGAUUAGGGGUGUCAAACUCCAGUCCUCAAGGGGCCGCUGUCCUGCAGUUUUUAGACGUGCCACAGGUACAAAACACUGGAAUGAAAUGACUUCAUUACCUCCUCCUAGAUCAGUUCUCCAGAGCCUUAAUGACCUAAUUAUUCUAUUCAGGUGGUGCAGCAGAGGAACAUCUAAGAGUUGCAGGACAGUGACCCUCCAGGACUGGAGUUUGUGCUCUAGAUGAACCUCUAGAAUCCAAAUAGCCACUUUUUUUUUGCCUUCAUUCCUAAUAAAUUAAUGUCCCCAUUUCCAAAAACAUACCUGUCCCCUUAGUGAAAGGGCAACUUAACUUAUAAAUGUGUCAUGUUGAAUUGGUGUGAUUGUAACUGUGAGUCCUGGGAAUGAAGGAUUCCCAAUUAAUUUAGAAAAACUUUAAAGCAAAAGUGCAAACUUUUCCAGAGGGAAAAGAGCUUUCUUGAGUAGAGAAAAAGCCAGCUUGAGGCGGUUGCAUGUAUAUGAUACACAUGAUGAAGAGUAACUUCAAAUGGCAAUAAUGGUCCGAGAAAGAACAAGCAAACAAACAAAAAAAAGACAUUGGCACUGGUGGUGUCAUCCUGCUGUGAAAGUUCUUUGCAGAUUUUAUACAAAAACAUUUCCGUUGCUUUUAAAUUUAAAAUCAUUUCUUUAUUCUCUAAUCAUGUUUGAUCCAAGUUGCCAAGAGCCUCUAUGGAAGAUCUGAGGAGCCACACUCACAUCAGUCGUAGUUGUAUGGAAAAACGAAGGCGUAUUGUUUGAAUCACUCAUUUGUGCAUCAAGAAGGCAAACAAAAUAUUUUAUUCUCUAGAUUUGAUUAUAAUUCACAAUGCAUCACUUUGUCUGUGCUGCCAGUUCCAGUUUUUCACGACUCUGAUGUUGGACUCCGUCUUUGACUCAUCAGCUGCUACUAGCAUGGUGAUUACGAUCCCUUUGGUUCGCCUCGACUCCAGAUUUUUGAGUUUAGCAGAAACUUACCUUGGAAACAGAUUUUUUAUUUUUUUAUUUUUUUCCCCAGGAAAGUUUAUGAAUAUAACUCAAUUGAAAGUUGCAGUAUUUGCCUGCACAAGCAAGACACAGCAGUAGUUAUUCUUAAAGCAUUGUGUGUGUUUUUUGUUUUUUAUUAUUGCUAUUAUUUUGUUGUUACUUGUGAUGCUCUGUGAACCCAGCAAGCAUAACCGUCCUUUUAGUAUCGUGCCAGUUUUCAGUCCCUUUUCCUGCCGUUGCUGCUCUAAAUCGCCUCAAAACAUAUUUAAGAAGAGGAAAUUAUGGAGCAUGUAGUCAUGGUGAUCUGCAGCUAUUAAGUGUCUGCUAACACCACAGCGAUUAACUUUCCAUUCAUUUUGUUGUGCAGACCUUCAAUCCUUAGCUUCAGUGUAAAAGCAUCUUCUGCAGGUUUUGCCAAUCAUCUGUAUAAGCGUAACGUGAACAGUCUGCUGUUUAAUGCUGCAUUUAUAUAAUAUGUAAUUGUACCAGUGCAGGUUUUUGUGCCUCCUCCCGGAGCUGGAAGAGGAUAUUGAUAUAUCCUAGGAUAGGAGGAUAUUUUGUGAGGGACUCUGUUUCCCUUUAAAGAACCGAUUUAAGAGUGCUAAACAAUUGUUUUUAUUUUUUAUUUUUCCUUGGAGUUUUUUUUUUUUUUUAUGUAGAGGAGUUCAGACAGAAUUAAUCAAAAAUAAACAUAGCUGUAGUUGAAAGUGUCUGAAAGCCAAACACUGAAGAGUUAUUUUGUUGUGACCUAAGUGCCUGGGAGCAUCAGGGAUUGUUAGUGUCUCUAAAACUCCCUCUCUCCUUGUUUUUUUUUUUUUUUUUUGUAUUUAUUAAAAUGAGCUUCAUCACAUUUUUGACUAUAUAUAUAUAUAUACAUAUAUACAAAAGCAGAUAUGGCAUUUUCCCACGCUAGAUAGCUAAAACAUUUCACGUUACAAAUGAGUUGCGUUUUAUUUACUGUGCAUCACCUCAUGUUGUAAGUAAUGUAGGAAUUUAGCAGAUUCUGACGUUUUGAUCUUUAAUUUUGGUUUUUUUGCAAAAAUCAUUAUGCUGUGAAGUUUUUACUGAGAUGAUUUCAGUUUUUGAAUGCAUGGUGUGCUGUAUCUUAAGAUUUUUUUCGUGUGUGUGCAGCCUAAUUAAAGACAACUUUCUGAUUUUA